AUGACCGACCUUUCAAACAACUCCGUCAGUGCAGUUGCUGCUGACGCUGCUGCAGCUGCCACCGCCGCCUCAGAGAGCCAAGGGGUUUUCAAUUUCCAAAGCACAACCAAUCACAUGGCACGAACAUUCCACCAUGGCAAUCCCCACCUACCCUAUUCCACUGUCGCACUCCCUUUUCCACUGAAUCACCAAAAACAGAACUACCCUGACUUCGUCGCCUCGGCUCGAGUCGAAAACGCCGCGGUGAAUGUGAGUUUGAGCGCAGGCGCCAGCGAUGAGAAGCAAAAGAAACGCCGCAAUCGAACCACCUUCUCAAGUAUUCAGCUCAACGAGAUGGAGCGUGUAUUUCAGAAAACACACUAUCCGGAUGUGUAUGCUAGGGAACAGUUGGCUCUGCGGACGGGACUAACUGAGGCGAGGGUCCAGGUGUGGUUCCAGAAUCGACGUGCAAAGUGGCGCAAAAGGGAGAGACUGUGCAACGGGACUGGCAACAGCAGUGCCGGCACGAUGUCGCCGUUGUCGUCGGUCUUUUCUUACGGCGAAUUCACGGAGGGUACGCACGUCUUCCAGGAUGGAUUCCGGAAGGGUUUCACCCAGCCAGAGGUACCCUUCCCACCGAACCUAAUUCCUCGCAGUAAAGUAACGUACCCGACCGACAAUUUGCCCGCUCCCUACAACCCACCUCGACCAACCUACCCACAUAGUAUAGCGGAGGAUGAACCCUCAAGGGCGUAUUUGUCUAGAUACAUGAACCAAUGGAAGACGUCAUCAUCGAAUCAAGCUCCCUUCGAUGAAGCCUCGAGAAUCUUCAGUUCCCUAAUGCCGAGGUUCUACAGCCCCACUGUCGAACCUUCGCCACCAGCACCAGCACCACCACCACCACCACCCCCGCCACCACCCCCUCUACCUCCGUCCACAGCGCCAAAUCACCAGUUUCGGCAGGAGAUGCCCUUGUACUUCAAUCUUCCAUGGAACGGGAGAACGCCCGAGGGCAUUUCGAGGUUGAUGAGGGAGUGGCACGAAGGUGAAGAUGUGCGGUGGCCAAUGCAGCGGACGAGGGACUACCAGUCGACGCCUUCCAGCGCUCCUGCACCCACCCCAGUCUACAUGACGACUGGUGGCGACUAUCCCAAGCCGUAG